UAAGUUAAUAUGCUCAUCAUCCUCUGUUCACCUCAUAAAUACAAGUGUGCAUGCUUACGACUAUUACGUGAUAUUUUUGGAUUACAAAUAAAAUUUUGAAAAAUGACAUUGAAAUUGGUCUCAAAAGUGUCAAGUGAGCAUCUCGUUUCCGGUGAAGAUUGGGAAUGCCUAAUGUGGCUUAAUGGAAAGUUGUACAGUGCUGGAUAUGCCAGUGGGAAAAUUAAGGUCUGGUCCCCAGAUUUGCAACAAGUUCUCAAGGAAUGGCCAGCUCACGAGUAUCCCAUUUACCACAUGUGUCCCGGUCCACCCCCCACUUUUUUCACGUCUUCUUCAGACUGUACAAUCAAACAAUGGGAAGAAGGUGAAAAUGGAGACUUUGUUCUUAUCGCUACUUUAGAAGGACACGAGGAACCGGCGAGAAAGUUGAGAUUUGAUUCGGAUAAGAAGAGACUUUAUUCUGGGGACGAGUUGGGCAAAGUCCUUAUCUGGGAGGAUGGGAAACUUAUCGGAAUUUUGGAAACAUUGGAAGAAAUUUGGGACAUGAUGAUUUACAAUGAUCUUCUUUUCACGGCGAGACAUUUGGACGUUGUAAUAAAUACGCUGAGCCAGAGAGGUGACCAAAUUCGCCACUCUGUGAAAAACACCAUACCUGGAAAAGGACCGUUUCUGAUCACAAAGGGUGAAAAGCUUUGUUUCGCGGAUAGGUCCAAUUUUCAGAUUCAUGUUAACGAAGCGUUCAAAUCGGGAAAUGCAAACCUGGCCAAAUUGGAGGGUCACGAAAGCAUCGUAAAUGGAAUUGCGUCUCAUAAUGACACCUUGUACACGAGUGGUAGCGACAAAAAGCUGAUUGCAUGGAAUCUGACGACUUUGAGUCGUAUCGAAUCGCUAAAUCUCGACGGGUAUGUGAAUGACAUUGUCAUCUCAGACAGCGACGGAACGAUCUAUGCGGGUGGCCAAGAUAACAACAUAUUUGCAGUAAAAUUAACAUAAUAGCAGACAAAAUGUGGUACUAUUUUUUGGAAAAUAUACUCAUCAUUUAUUGUAUAUAGUUAUAUUUAAUUCCGUAAAUCUUAACCUAACGUCCUAAAACACACAAGUCACACAUCUCUUAUUGAGCAUAAAACAAGACAUACGUAAAUAUCUUAUCUUAUUAUUAUCAAUUU